CAGAGGCUAGUCAGCAGCAUCAGCGAAGAAGAAGACGACACUGAGCUGUGUUGACAAACCCAGCUAGCUUGUGCUAGUUCGGUGAUAUGGUGUUUUAUUGACAUUUUACUGAAGCAUCGUUCAUCAUGAGUUCUCCGGAGGGCAGACACGGAACUAAGCGACCCGCUUCUCCGAGUGAAGAUGGAUCUACCCAGUGGUCAGCAGCGGAUCUGGGAAGCAAUGAGAGGAAACAGAAGUUCCUACGGUUGAUGGGCGCGGGCAAGAAAGAACACACAGGACGCCUCAUCAUUGGUGACCACAAGUCUACUUCCCUGUUCCGAAGUGGGCAGCAAGAUAGGCAGAUGAACGAGCAGCUGGAGAUGCAGUACCAGCAGGGCAUGGAUGGGAAACUGUCCGGCCGGAACCGGAGACACUGCGGCCUGGGUUUCAGUGAGCCUGAGCCAGAGCCAGAUUCGCUCCCUGCUCCGCCAGUGGACAAUCAGACAGAAGAGCCUGAGCCAGUGAAGUCCACCAGUGAAAAAGAGCCAACAGACGCCCAGGACAAAGACUGCAGUCCCGUCAGUAAGGAACAGACCUCAGACCUGGCUGAGAGCGACUCUGACAGCAGGAGCGAGGAACCGAAACAUGGCUUCAAAAUGACCUUUGUGAAGUCGGCAUAGGGCAAACGGGAAUUACUUUUUGUAAUCUCAGAUUUGUACAUUUUGACAUUAAUUGUUAAACUGUUGUCCAUCACCCAUCAUUGUAAUUCUUUGACUAUGUGGAAAUGAGUUCUCUACACAAGCACUCAUCUCAUCGUGGUGUGCAUGUUGGCAUAACAUUCAGUCUGCAGGUUAAUUUGUGUUAGAUCAUGAUUAGAUGCCGAUUGGUCCAGUUGUUAUUUUGUUUAAACAUCAAUAAAGGGAGGUGUCGCUCAGGUGUA